AUGUUAUUCAGAUAUCUUCUCGCGUUGGUGAUCCAACUAUGUUGGGUUGCUCUCGGGCUUGCCAACCAAGACGCGACAAUUACGAUCCCAUGGAUCACGGAUGCACCUGAUUACUUCCAGGGCUAUGGAGGCAAGGCCAUAGGCGCCAAAGAUGGAACAACAACCUACGGAAUCAACUGUCUCUCGGACCAAACAGCCUGCCACAGAUUUACUCCAGACCUGACCGUUAUCUACGGACCUAACACAUACGACAUGAUUGCCAACGGCUACAGAUUCGACUUCACCUCAGGUUGCACCCUGAUGGGCUCCCCGACACCUACAAGCGCGUCAUGCACAGAAACAAAGUCCUUGCACGAAACUAGCUCUAUCAUAUCGGCCACAGUGGUCGUUCCAGCCACGGGCGACGAUUCUACCCUCGGAAUUUUCCCAGCAACCUUGAUCGUGACAGACACUGGAGACUUCUCCGUGCCUUCUACCGCGGCUGAAACCAAAGCUUCUGCCAAUUCUCAUGUUUCAACUAGUGACGCAAGUUUGACUGCACCUGCGACAGCGACCGCGACCGCUGAUCCCCUCAGCUUAGCCUCAGUCGGGUUCCUGAAUUCGACAGCCAUGACAACUGGUGCACCAACUUAUUUCGGCAAUGGCACAACAGUGACGGUGACUAUUCUUGCUAGCUCUAUUCCGUGUCACUGUGAAUGUGACUGCGGAGGAAGUCAGACUGCUAGGGCCACUGUCACUGUCCCAAUAGCGAUGAAAAACCACGGAGUCAAGACGGCUGCUCCCGUGGGAUUGAUGUGUGGAAUGGUAGUUGGCUCCAUGUUCUGGAUUUGA